AUGCACUCUGGCUCAUUCAAUUUUAGCCUAAGAUUGCAUUGGGAAGAUGGCGGCGAGGACUGGCUAAUUCGAUUCCCAUUGCCUGGAAAAUCGAUGUUUCUAGACGAGAAAGUCCGCAGAGAGGCCAUGCUGGUGGAAUUUGUCGGAAGCAGGACUGAGAUUCCUGUCCCUCGCGUCAUUGCGUAUGGAGCAGCACAUGAAAACCCGACUGAUCUUGGGCCCUUCAUUAUCAUGGCCUGGAUUGAAGGAAGGAAGAUGUCAGAGAUCCUUCGAAAAGACACACCAGGGGAGGAUAUUUUGAACCCCGAUAUUGACUCCCGAACCUUGGGCCUUCUUUAUAGCCAAAUGGCUGAGAUACUGCUGGAGCUUUGGAAGCUCGACUUCGAUUGCAUCGGUUGCCUAGGUCAAGACCAACAAAGUGGGCAGUAUAUGGUUGACGGCCCGCCUUUGACAUUGGAAGUCAACGAGCUCAUGCGGACUUGCGGGUUGGGGAAUCGCACUCCUUCAGGCGUAUAUCACAGCUCUACCGACUAUAUUGCAUCACUGUUGCAACUGCAGUCAACUCACCUGAGGGACCAACAGAAUAGCGUGUAUGAUUCCGAAGAUUGCCGGGAGAAGUAUGCUUGCCGCCAUCUGAUGAAAGCUAUAGCCUUUGAUUUCAUUUCCCAAGCAGAUAACCAGGGUCCGUUCAAGUUGUUUUGCGAAGAUUUCGGACCUGGCAAUGUCCUUGUGGAUGCCUCCCUCCGAGUCACGGGAGUUAUUGACUGGGAAUUUUGCUAUGCAGCUCCGUUGGGAUUCGCUGGAAGUAUUCCGUCCUGGCUCCUUCUUCAACGACCUCAUCGAAUCAUUAAUGAACUCGGUGGUGCCGGGUUUCUUGAUAUAUUUCUCCCCAAAGCAGAGAUUUUUUUUUUUUUUUUUGAACUGUUUGCAACAGAAGGAGGGAGCCACUGGGGUUAG